AUGUCUAAGUUUGAUCGUUUCGAAAAAAAGAUAGCAGAGUGUUUUGAAAAAAAGAAUUAUUAUGAAGCUCAUCAAGUGUACAGAACUUUAUAUUUUCGUCUCUCAUCCCGCGGUGAAUGGGACCAGCUUCAGAACCUUCUUCACACAGGGGUUAUGAAAUUAAUUGAAGUUAAUGAGCCAACAAGUGCUAUGGAUUUAGCAGAACUGUAUAUCGAAGUGCUAAUGCGAGGGCACAUUCCGGUUUCUCCCGAAGUUCUUGACAAGUUUCAACAGCUUUUCUCCUCUUUGCCGUCUUUACUGGAGAAGGACGCAGCCACUGAUGGGCAGAAAGUAGAUAGAAGAAGCUACUUUUUGUCUCAAGCAGUAAAGUGGUCAAUAAGUGUGAGCGAAAAGAGGCGGUAUAAGCAAAGAGGAGAUGCUCGUCUACACAGGUGUGUAGCAAAUGUUUUAUGGAAAGAAGGCAACUAUAGCGCAGCGAGAAGUCAUUUUAUGAUGUCGGAUGACCCUAAGGAUUUCGCCAAGUUUCUGGUUGACUUUCAGCUUAAACAUGGUCAUGAAGACGAGAAGGACCUGUUUAUUGUACAAGCAGUUUUGCAGCUGCUGUGUGGUAAGCAGCCGCGUACGGCCAGUAUAUUGCUUCAAGAAUAUUGCAAGGAGCAUCCAAACAUUAAUAGUAAACCUCCCUAUAACUUUCCUCUUCUGAAUUUCGCUCGUUAUGUUAUUCUUGCAAUUCGUUCUAAAAAGAUUGAAAUUUUUACCCGACUUUUGGAAGUGUACGAUUUGCAACGAGAUCCGUCUUUUAUUCGUUAUCUUGACAGGAUCGGCCAGAUAUACCUAUCGGUUCCUCCUCCCCAGAAGCAAACUGGAUUUUUUGGAAGUUUUCUCAAAGGCUUGGUAGGUGCUGGACAAAGUGAGGGAAACAGUGAAAGUGCAAAUGCAAAUGAGAUAAGUGAAGACGAACAGUUUGACGCUGAAACGGACGAAGAGAAAGAAGAAACGAGACAACUGAUGGUAACUGAAGAUGCACCCAAGUCAAGUAAACCCCCAGAAGAUCGGGUUGAUUCUUUACAAGCUUCUGAUGAUAUGGAAUUGGAUUAG